AUGGCAGGUCACGGUCACGCUUACGUCAAGCACGGUGCUGUUGCGGUACCACACACAGAUCCUCGUUUGAAAUGGGGAGCCAAACUCUUGAGUGCCACCAUGUGGUUUUACAUUUUCUACAGAGUCAAACAAGAUGGUCCAGUGAUGUUUGGUCAGAAAUUACCUUUUGAACACCACCAUUAA